AUGUCUGCCGUGUCCACCGCUUCUCCUGUUUCCAUUCCACAUCCUCAUUCCCAACUUUAUACUUGUUUGGCUUGUCAAGUCGCCUUUAACACUGCUGGGGAUCAAAGAAGCCAUUAUGGUACUGACUGGCAUCGUUACAAUUUGAAAAGAAAGGUUACCGAGUUACCCCCUAUUACAUAUAGUGCAUUUGAAAGAAAAGUUUUAGCUCAGCAAGCCCUCAGCAAGAGUGCGAUCGAAGAAAGCAGUUUCUCUGCCGAAUGCUCUGCUUGCGGCAAAACCUACUAUUCAAAAAAUGCCUAUGCGAACCAUUUGCAAUCCAAUAAACACAAAAUCUCUGAAACCAAAGCUGCUCAAGAAGGUAAGUUACAGAAAAAGAAAAGCUCGGCGAAUUUGCAAAAGGAUGGUGACGCUCUUCAGGAAGAAGUAGUACAACAAAGUAUCGAGGAGGUAAUCGACAAAAAAAUUGCAGCUUCCGUACGAUUGGAGGAGAUUGACUGCCUCUUCUGUACACAAAGAUCCGAAUCCUUUAGUGCCAACAUGACACAUAUGACCAAAGUUCAUAGCUUUUUCAUUCCAGAAGCAGAGUACCUGGUAGAUCUUUAUGGUCUGAUCAAGUUUUUAGGCGAAAAAAUUUCGGUUGGCAACGUAUGUCUAUAUUGUAAUGGAAGGGGUAAAGGUUUAAAGAGCAUUGAGGCUGUGCGAAAGCAUAUGGUCGAUAAGGGCCAUUGCAAAAUAGCUUAUGACAGAGAUGAAGAUAUAAUGGAAAUUGUAGACUUUUAUGAUUUUACUUCCAGUUAUCCCGUUGAAGAAAGCGAGGAAGGGUGGGAGCACGUCAAUGAUGAUGAAUGGGAAGAUAUUGAAGACGAUGCAGACAGAAAUGUGGACAAAGAAGAACUCCCUGGGAGUGGAUCAAUAUACGAAGAUGACAUGGAACUAGUGUUACCCUCUGGGGCUCGCCUUGGACAUCGUUCAUUACGGAGAUAUUACAAACAAAGCCUGCGGCCUGAAGAGGAACGUGAUUCUAUCAUAAUUAAUCGUCUAAUUACUCAAUAUGGUGAAAGUUUUGGUUACACCCGAAAUCCUGGAGGCGUGUUUGCUACUAAAGGUGGUCGAGUCAAGCGAAAUCAAACUAUAGCCAUUCAGGAUAAACGUCGUCAGCAAGAAUUCGAUUCACUUGUUGGAGUGAAGGCCAACAAGUUACAACGUCAUUUCAGGGCACAAAUAUUAUAG